AUGGCGGGCUUGAGCCUCCAAGAGGCAAUUGUUCUUUCCAGCAGCAAUGAGGAAGGAAUGAGUGCCGGCGAUGAAGAUUCUUGGUCGGAGGGCGGGGACGCGCCACAUAGCAGCGAAAGCGAGGACGACCCGUUAUUCCCUCCGGUUGAAGCAGCUCAGGGCAGCGAGGACGAUGAGACGAGUUCGGAAGGCGGCAUUGAUGAUCAUGAGGGCGACGUGGAGAUGGGUUCCCCAGGUUCGCCCGUAGCCCGCUUGAGCGGUUCGGUCAUUCACACGAAUCAUCAAGAGCCGCCGGUGCCGCCCGCGCCUUCACAACCCGGGCCGCGGAUGCCGAACAUCCCCAGGCGCCAACCGUAUGUGAUGGAUCACACUCGAGCGUCUUUGCCCAUCCCGGUGAAUGUUCCGGUUCCUGCGGCGUUCUCCAGCGCCGGGCUGCAUAACUCAGCUCAUUUCAACCAAUGGCUCCGUCACCUCGGAGAUUCGCGCGUUGCGGCGCCGCCUUACUCCGAGCAGAUCUCCAGGCUGCGUGCCACCGUCGGCGCUCAAUUGGACAUCUCGCUCCAGCGCGAAGCCCGUAACCUCGAAACGUGGCGUUCCCUACUCGCGACCACGGAAAGCGAGAUACUUGAGCUAGAUCGUCUGCAGUGGAUCUUGGCGAGGAUGGCCACCAACCCCGUCUUACGUGCAGCGGCGAGUGUGCAAGGCGCCGAUUUGACUUUGCCGCAGGCGCUGCUGGACCGCGCAGCUGCACCGCCGCCGAACGUGACCUACGGCAUCGACGGAGACUGCAACUCCGAAGCGUCUGAUCCCGAUGACGCUUCUGCCGCCGCGCGCUCCGAGUCCCCGGCGCCGAGCGCUAAGGCUCCUCGAAAGGACCGCGGGCGCGCGUUGACCGCAGACUUGCGACCGGUAUCUUUCAUCGACGACGCCGAAGACGACGAGCCUUCGGGAUCUCCAAUCGCCGGACCCUCUCGCCUGGCAGGCGCCGCUGGUGCACGCUCUCCUUCGCCGCGGCCGCCCAUCUCUGCGCGUUCUAGAGCCCCGACUCCAGGCCCCAAUGCCGCACCGUCAAAAGCUCGCGGCGUGCGCCGGCGAUCUAGUUCACCUCUACCUCCCACGUCGUCGAUGAGCCAAGGGGGUAGAAAACGGCGCAAACGCAACGGCCGAGCAGAUUAG